GGGGUGGGGGGGCCGAGGAUAUAGGAUGGCUCGGGGAGGGGCAGGGGCAGAGGAGGCCUCCCUGCGCUCAAACGCAUUGUCCUGGCUGGCCUGUGGGCUCCUGGCGCUGCUGGCCAAUGCCUGGAUCAUCCUCAGCAUCUCGGCCAAGCAGCAGAAGCACAAGCCGCUGGAGUUGCUGCUCUGCUUCCUGGCGGGCACACACAUACUCAUGGCGGCCGUGCCCCUCACCACCUUUGCCGUGGUGCAGCUCCGGCGCCAGGCCUCCUCCGACUAUGACUGGAACGAGAGCAUCUGCAAGGUGUUUGUGUCCACCUACUACACACUGGCCCUGGCCACCUGCUUCACAGUCGCCUCCCUCUCCUACCAUCGCAUGUGGAUGGUGCGUUGGCCCGUCAACUACCGUCUCAGCAACGCCAAGAAGCAGGCGCUGCACGCCGUCAUGGGCAUCUGGAUGGUCAGCUUCAUCCUCUCUACGCUGCCCUCCAUUGGCUGGCACAACAAUGGCGAGCGCUACUACGCCCGCGGCUGCCAGUUCAUAGUCUCCAAGAUUGGCCUGGGCUUUGGCGUCUGCUUCAGCCUCUUGCUACUUGGGGGCAUUGUCAUGGGGUUGGUCUGUGUGGCCAUCACCUUCUACCAGACGUUGUGGGCCCGGCCCCGGAGGGCUCGGCUGGCCCGGCGAGCGGGGGUGGGGGGUGGGGCCAAGGGGGGUGGGCCAGGGGCGUUGGGUACCCGGCCAGCCUUUGAGGUGCCAGCCAUUGUGGUGGAGGAUGCCAGAGGGAAGCGGCGGUCCUCGCUGGACGGCUCCGAGUCGGCCAAGACAUCCCUGCAGGUCACCAACUUGGUCAGCGCCAUCGUCUUUCUCUAUGACUCACUCACAGGGGUGCCCAUCUUGGUGGUGAGCUUCUUCUCCCUUAAGUCGGACUCGGCCCCGCCGUGGAUGGUGCUGGCUGUGCUGUGGUGCUCCAUGGCACAGACGCUGCUGCUGCCCUCCUUCAUCUGGUCCUGCGAGCGCUACCGGGCCGACGUGCGCACGGUGUGGGAGCAGUGCGUGGCCAUCAUGUCCGAGGAGGAAGGCGACGACGAUGGGGGCUGUGAUGACUAUGCAGACGGCCGAGUGUGCAAAGUGCGCUUUGAUGCUAAUGGUGCCGCAGGACCAGGGGGCAGGGACCCCUCCCAGGUGAAGCUGCUGCCUGGAAGGCACAUGCUCUUUCCCCCUCUUGAGAGGGUCCACUACUUACAGGUCCCUCUGUCCCGCCGUCUGUCCCACGAUGAGACCAACAUCUUCUCUACUCCUCGGGCACCAGGCUCCAUCCUGCAUAAGUGGUCAUCCUCUGAUGACAUCCGGGUCCUCCCGGCCCAGAGCCGAGCCCUCGGGGGCCCUCCUGAGUACCUGGGACGAAGACAAAGGCUGGAGGAUGAGGAGGAUGAGGAGGAAGCUGAAGGUGGGGGGCUAGCCAGCCUUCGCCAAUUCUUGGAGGGUGGGAUGUUGGGGUCAGGUGGGGGACCCCCACGGGGUCCUGGCUUCUUCCGGGAAGAGAUCACCACCUUCAUUGAUGAGACACCUCUGCCUUCUCCGACUGCUUCGCCAGGGCCCUCUCCUCGCCGGCCCAGGCCCCUGGGCCUCUCACCCCGCAGGCUCUCCCUUGGGUCCCCUGACAGCAGAGCCGUUGGACUUCCUUUGGGGUUAAGUGCAGGGAGACGCUGCUCCCUGACAGGAGGUGAAGGGAGUGCAAGACCUUGGGGAGGAUCCUGGGGCCCAGGUAACCCCAUUUUCCCCCAGCUGACCCUGUGAGCCCAAGUGGGCCUGAGGGACUCAGGGGAGGGGCCCUGAGUAACACCAGUUCUGGCCCUAAGCCUAGGGCAGCUGCCUCCAGACUCCGUGGAGGUGGGCACUGGAACCGGGGCCUGGAGCCCCCUGCUGUCUCCCAUCUCAAUGACCAGAUGCCCUAACUCACCUUCCAUCACCCUUAGCAAACCGUAUUAAAGCCUGAA